AUGUUUUCUUUUUACACCUUCUUGAUGGAAGAAAAGGGAAGAACAUUGGGUGGUUUUUUAUUUUGGAUAUGCUAUAAAACUUCACAUGGUUCACGGCUGACAGGCUUUCAAAUAUGGACCGUUAACAUAAAGGUGGUUGAUGUUAUAAGUUGCUGCAACAAUAAUGUUGUUGGAGUCAACAAACCUCUGCAAGGCUUAAAUUCUAGGACCAUUCUGAAGGAUGAUGGGGUAAUAAUUCUCAUAAGAUUUGAAAGUUUAAAUGGAAGCCUGGUUUCCAGUGGCAUUGAUGUUACUCAGCAGUUUGUUCUUUACAACAUUUUAUUAAACAAUUCUACCAAUGACAAGUGA